AUGGCCUUGCCAGCACUGGCUCUGACAUUCUUCCUGGCCCUUGCUCCUCUGCUGCUGGCACAGGGACAGAAGAACCACAGUCCUGUGAAUCCAUGGGUCCAUCAGGAAGCAGAAACAUGCCAAAAACCCCAGUGGGACUUCAGACUCCAGCUGGCACCAGAGCAGGAGAGUUACAGGAAGAACGAAGAAGUGAUUCUGAGCUGUCCCAAGGGUUUCCAGCCACCUUUCACCCAUAUCAAAUGUACAGGAAAAGUUCUGUCUGUUAUCAAUGGAAAACCUAUACACAGAGAAGCUUGGACUGGAAAGGACAGCAGAGGCAGUGUGAUCAACAUUCAGCCCAAGUUCAGGGCACAGUGCCUUGGUGUCCUCCAGGUUGUCCCUGAGACCCUGAAGGUUUUCAGCACCAGCAUCAAACUGAACUGGACCUGCAUGCUCCCUCAUAUGUGCCAGCAUAUUCGGGCCAGGUGCCAGCUGGAGCAGCAUUCUUCCUCAAACUGUGAGGCUGAGGAGGUGAAGGUAGAGGACAUACUACAAGGCCAGGAGGGAAUGUUCACCUGCUCCCCUCUGCAGCCCUUCACUGUCUACAGUGUCACCAUCUCCCUGCUGCCUAGCACAAUCCUAUAUACACGGCUCAUCAGGACAAAGGAAAUGGUGCCAGACAAACCGGAGCAGCUGUGGCUGGAUCCUGACAGGGGCUCUCUCAGGUGGAGCUCACUGCCCUCCUGCAAAGGGGAGAUCAUCGGAUACCAGCUGAACAUCACCACCAUGAGAGCAGAGGACGGCAGCUUCCUUGAAUUCAGUCAGGUGUUUGUGAACCAGUCUGUCUCAGAGUAUAUGCCACCUCAUCAGACAGCUGGCAGCAAAUACCUGGUGACAGUGCAGGGCCUGACGGCAGCUGGGGCUGGGGCUGCAUCACAACUGGAAUUCCAAACCUACGUCCUGGUUUCAGGACAGCCUGUGGGCCCUUGGCCUGGGUCAGCAGUCACUGUAGUGGUGGUGAUGGUGCUGUUGAUCCCCUUGUCUGCCGGGAUCAUCUGGUUCGUGCUGUUCAGAAAAAAGAAGGCAGCAUUGCCCAGCAAAGCCGAGGAGGAUCACUACACAGAGCUCCAGCCCUAUGAGAAUGUACAUGGGGAUAAUUACGAGACUCUUCUUGAGAAGGAUGCAGGUAAGUCUGGCCGGGCUGGAGAGCCCUUUCCCAAGCCCCUGCCUGUUCAGGAGAGUCAGCAGUGAGGAAGAAAAGAAGUGGAGUGGACAUCUGAGGCUCAAUGAUGAUGGCACUUCCCUUCUCAAGGCUUGGUCCUCCACCACCGGAAGCAUGACAAUGAAUUAUCUCAUGGGUUAUUGCUUGCCCCCAAAAUUUUCUUCUUUAUCAAGCUCCAGAAUCCUCUGCCACAGCACAUGAACAGCUUAAGGCAUGGGAUGACCUGCUUGUGCCAGCAAGGACAUGUCCUGGUAGUUCUUUAGUAUUCCAGCAUAGCUAUCUCACCAGCACCUUGGUGCCUGCAAAUGUUCCCUGAAAACGGAUGAGCUCACAACUCCUCUUUCCAACCUGUGUCCUUGUACCCAUCUAUACCCUGUCCUCUGUUUGAGUAUGGUCUAGCUGCGCAGCCCUGGCCACUGUGCUGCUGUGUCUGAAACAACCAAUAAAUUUUUCUGGUUUGCAGGGG